GCAUUCAGUGUUGAUUUCCUUUUCCUCUUGAACUCACAUUUGGUUUGAAAUCAGUGUUGAGUCAAUAAUCGCAAGAAAUGCCCGCAAAGAGAAACGGAUUGAUCCCAAACGGCCACUUCCGCAAGGAUUGGCAGCGCUUCGUCAAGACAUGGUUCGAUCAGCCCAUGAGGAAGAAGAGGCGUCACGUGACGCGCGUGCAGAGGGCCGCGCGGGUGGCGCCGCGACCCACGCAACGUCUUCGGCCGAUCGUCAACUGCCCGUCCGUUAAAUACAACUCGAAACGCCGAUUGGGACGCGGCUUCACUCUGGAGGAGCUGAAGGCGGCGGCCAUCGCCGUGCGGGAGGCGCCCACCAUAGGAAUAGCGGUGGACCACAGGAGAGGCAACCGCAGCGUCGAGUCGUUGCAGAGAAACGUCCAGCGCUUGAAGGAAUACAAGUCGAGGUUCGAUACCAUCGACACGUGUUUCGAUACAUCGAUGUUAACGAUGCUUCCCUCCCACAGACUGGUUGUGUUCCCCCUGAAGGCGAAGAAGCCGAGGAAGGGCGACGCGUCGGCGGAGGAGCAGAAACUGGCGCACCAAUUGGUCGGAACGCUUCUGCCGGUGAGACGCGGCAAGAAGUACGUGAAGAGCGAGAAGGCGCGCGCCGUCACCGACGAGGAGAAGAAGUUCGCGGCGUUCCACACGCUGCGGAAGGCGCGCUCGAACGCCCGUCUGGUCGGGAAGCGCGCGAAGAAGGCGAAGGAGGCGGCGGAGAGUUUGGACGCGCCGAAGAAGACGAAAGAG